AUGGUCAUGUCCUUCCUGCUGGUUGCCACUCUUCUCUGCAGUCAUGCCUUCUCCCAUGAGCCUGCAGUGGAGCUUUACCAAGCAGAGAAAUCGUCCUGCAGCUGGGAAUGCAUGAGGUUCACUCUGAUGUGGCCAGGAGCUUUCUGUGUUGGCCUGAGGAAGCCAUCUGGAUGCAAUAUACCAUUGUAUAUUCAGGGCUGGACCAUUCAUGGGCUGUGGCCUAUGCAUACCGGCCACUGCUGUCAGUGCUGGCCUAUAUUCCCAUCAGACCUUGAGGAACUGGAACCGGAACUGUUUCAUCUGUGGCCAACCCUACUCAAAACAACAUCCAAUUUCACUUUCUGGAGGAACGAGUGGAUCAAGCACGGCUCCUGUGCGGCCUGCGUGGAGGGCAUGAACUCCCCCACCCGAUACUUCAAGCUGUCGCUGUCCCUGCGAGGCCGCUUUGACAUUGACCAGGCUUUGAUGGACGCAGGUAUUAAGCCUUCCUGUAACCAUACAUACCAGUUUGCCAACCUCUACUCAGCCCUGGCUCCAACAAUGGGGGAUAAAAUUGAGAUCCAGUGCUUGACAGAUGACCAGGAGCGAGAGGUGUUCACCCAGGUGAAGAUACCGCUGUUCAAAAACUUAACCCUGGGGUGUGUUGACCAUGGCGAGGGGCAGGCAGCAGACACCCAAGCACUGUGGCACACCUCACCUGGGCACCCCUGCCGCCGGAACAACCCGGUCUUCUACUUUCCCAUCAACCGCGAGAACCCACACCAGCCCUGUGACUGACGGCCUACCUCCCUUCACAGUGUUGGCCCAAUACCAACGACACUGCGCCACCACCAAUACAGAAUA